CUGAUUACUAGACAAACCACCAAUAUAGGACCGCGCAUAUAUGGAGAGAUUCUCCUGGAACAUUCUGUCAUCGGAGAUUACAAACCUGGGAUGAUGGACAUAAUGAACGAGGAGCAGAUGGAGAACGGACUGGACUCCGAUGAUGAUCUUCAACCCGAGGAGAUACCCGAGUACCUGAAAGACAGGAGAAGAGCCAAGUCCUUACCUGCGUAUCCAGAGCAGGCGAACCUGUACCACCAGAUCUCCCAGAACUGCAGGAAACGCGUGAAGUUCGCGGACGCGCUCGGCUUGAAUCUGGCGAGCGUCAAGCACUUCAGCACCAGCGAGGAUCCUCAGAUUCCAGCUAAAGUCUUCACCAGGCUAAAGAGCUUCCCUCUCCACAAGGACCGGGAGUUCAUGGAUGACUUGUGCGUGAACAUCAAGUCCUCUCUGGCUCUGGACUAUCUGGUCCCGGCGUUCAAGACGCCCGUGGACACCGGCGACUUGGAGACGCGGCUGACGCGCUGCCGCGUCGCGCUGGAGAGCGUCACGGUCAUGCAGUUUGAUGUCCGUGGGAUCAUACGGGCGAUGGGUGGGCGAGAGGUCGGGGUCAGGUAUACUUUCAACGACUGGCUGUCGUUCGUGGAUGCGCAAGCCAUCCCCGUGCCCACAGAGCACAAGACGCGCGGAGAGCGCUUCUCCUUCACCAUGUACACGCCUCCUUUCUUAGGUCCGAGCGCUGCUGUGCAUUUCGCCGUGUACAUGAGGGAUGAUAUCUCUGAGUUCUGGGACAACAACGAUGGGAUGAACUAUUCCCUGAAGUAUCACAGCUCGUCAUCCAGCGAGACCGCGGCUUUCCACGCGGUAUGAAGGGGUGUGCUUUUACGCAAGGAUUCGUUGCGCGUUUCACCGAGAACUGUUACUGCCGUCGAAGAGGUUUCAGCAAUCAAGGACGAAGGAUAUACACCGUGGAUUGACAUCUCCUAGAAAGAGUUUACAAAAAAUGAAAUUUCCUUCAUCAUUUAGUCACCCUCGUGUUGUUCCAAACCCGUUGUUUCUUCUCUGGAAAGAUAUUUUGCAGAAUUUCCAAGCUGCUCAUAGAAAGUGGAUGAAGGUUGUUGAGCCCCAAAACACCAUAAAAGCGCACCAAAAAUUGGCCCAUAUGUCCUGACCGUUAUGUUCUAAAAUUCUAAUAUCACAUACUUUUAUAACUUUUAUUUUAUUAUUUGCCAAAAAUCUUGUCUUCUGCAGCCGUCACAUUUGAAAUGAAGCCUGUUCUGUCAUAGGAACAAUAAAUAAAUAAACAAAUCAAUAAAUAAAAUGAAAUACAAAAAGAUAAUUACGACUUUUUAUCUCACAAGUCAGACUUUCAGAAAUGUUCAGAAAACUUAGAAUUGCGAGAUGUGGACUUGCAGUUCUAUGAAGAAAAGUCAUAAUUGUCAUACAAGUUGCAAUUAUAAUUUAUUUUUUGUUUUAUUCUGUGAAAAACAUGGGGGAGUGAGGGAAUUCUGAGUUUAUGUCUUGCAGUCACAAAAAGUCAGAAUUGUGAGAUAAAAAGUUACAAUUAUUUAUUAUUAUUAUUUUUUUUUUUAAUGCUGUAGCAGAACCAGGUUUCCAUACAUUUGCCUUCAGGUCCAGACCUUUCAAAAGCAUGGACGUGCCUCCAGACACAUAGAAGCAAUGAAAUUUGACACUUUUGACUAUUCAAAUCAGAUAUGGGAGCUAUAGAGGAGGAGAAGCUUUUCAGUAUGUAAAUUUCUGACUCUUUUUUCACUCACACAGACUUUAUAGACUUUAUACUAUACUUUAUGGUGUUUUUUUUUUAAGCUUGACAGCCCCUCUUUCGGCUGCUAUGUGUUUUUGUUGAAUGGAAAAGAGCAGCGUGGACAUUCUCCCAAACAUCUCCUUUUGUGUUCCACAGAAGAAAGAGAGUCACACAAAUUGAAAUGACAUGAGGAUGAGUAAAUGAUGAAAGAAUUUACUGUGUUGUAUAGUGAAAUGAUGCAGGGAAUCACACACAUUACUUUAUGCUGGUUUUCCUUCACAAAUGAGUCAAGCCAUUUAUUAAUAAUGCAAAAUGUGUUGUUUCUAUCAUGGCUCAUGCACAAUUACUGACACUGUCAAGUUCUUUGGAAUGAAGAAUGAAAUGAGUUAUGGACAAUCAGCAGUUCCAUUUGGGACAAAUGAAUGUAGUUUGAUCUGAGAGUAUUCAUCAUGACAUUUGUUAACUCAUAAUUCUGGGGGAAAAAAAAUCAGAAUUGUGAUACAUAAAUUCAGAAUUCUGACGUUUUUCUUGCAGUUCUGACUUUAUGCUGUUUUGUUUUUGUUUUUUCCUGCUGCAGAAUAAAAAUAAAAGUUCAUUAAAAAAAAAAAAACUUUUUAUCGUAUUUGCACGUUUACAUCUAGCAAUUAUACAUUUUUUAAGACUUAAAAAAAGCAAUUGCAGUUACCUUUAUUAAUAUUAUUAUUUUUGUCCUGUGGUGGAAACAAGCUUCCAUAGUUAAAUACAGUGAUGGAAGACAUUAAAAAUAAAUGUUUAGAGUUCUGAGGACAGAGAUCGGCUGUGUUGAUAGUAAAGCAGGUCUGUAAUAAGAGAUAAACUAUCUGUCAUUUUAACCAAAGUCCAGCUUUGCUGCAGUUUCUCCAAGCGUUGUAUGCUCUAUGCAUCUGUUUGACUACGAGCAGUGCAGAGGGAAGGUCUUCUGUUCUGCAAUAUGCAAAUGUUUGUUUGAAAAUAUGUAAAUGUUCUUCAUGAAUGCAGAAGUGAUUUCAUUUAGCGGCUGGGAUUAUACUCAGCAAAUGAUGCUGGACAAAGUGCAGCACUAUGCAGUUUUGUUAUGUUACUGUAUGCAACCAUUUCCUUUUUUUCCGACUUGACACAACAGUACCAGGAUGAAAUGACAACCAUUGAGAUGCAAUUAAAAUAUCUUUGGUUA